ACGGGCUCGAUGAGUCCGGCAAAGUGUCGAACAGAAACGGAGCCAGGCGAAGAGGAAGUACUUUUCACAAUGAAAAUAAAAAAGUGAGACGAACUUCAAACUUUCUGCGAAUCGACAGCUUUACGAGCCCAUCAUGCCUGCUCAACCCGCUGAGAGGGAGCCGGAGGAGGAGAUGGAGGCAGACGGAGAGUCGCAGCUCCCCGAAGCCAAUGGAGAGGUGGAGGAACCAAAGGAUGAGGAGACAGUGGGGGGUGGAGGAGGAGAGGAGACAAUGGAGGAGAGCUUGGAGGAGAGAGACAGCGACAUGGAGGAGAGUGAGGAGGUAGAGGAAGAGGAGGAGGAGGAGGAGGAAGAGGAGAGUUCAGAAAUGGACGAUGAGGACUGCGAACGGAGAAGAGGAGAGUGCCUGGACGAGAUGAUGGAUCUGGAGAAACAAUUCCAGGAGCUCAAAGAGAAGCUGUUUAGGGAGCGGCUGAACCAGGUGAAGGUGAAGCUGGACGAGGUGCUGACUGGGAAGGCAGGAGAAUACAGAGAGCCACUGGAUGCGUUACAGAACAGCAUGCAGAUACGAACACAAGUAGCAGGGGUAUACAAGGAGCUGUGCAUGCAGGUCAUCAAACACAAGUACGACUGUGAAGUUCAAGGGGCGAGGCAACACCUGGAGAGUGAGCGCUCCUUGCUGUUUGACGCCAUGAAGGCGGAGCUCCUGGAGAAAAUUCGCAGACUAGAGGAGGACCGACAGAACAUAGACCUCAGCUCAGAGUGGAGCGACGAGCUGAGAGGGAAGAAAUGUAAAAGGAAGGACCUGCUCGGCCGCUCAGAGAGGAAGAAAAAGGUUGCUCUAGUUUCAGGGCCGUUUAUUGUCUACAUGUUGAGAGAUAUCGACAUCCUCGAAGACUGGACCGCCAUCAAGAAGGCAAAAGCAGCUCUCUCCCCACUAAAAAAGAAAGCUGAGAAGCGGUGAUGAUGUGAAGAUCUGAGCUGCAGACGCCAAACCUAACGGAAGCACUCACAUUCCCAGUUUCUGCCUCCGACACCUGUGUGUUUGACUGAAACACAGCAGCAGCAACUUUUGUUUUUUUUUAAGUAUGUUGGGAAAGCCAUCGA